GUCGCCUCUCCAGUGGCAGUUACUGCGCGGAACUCGCCACAAAUACCCAAGUGUCCCCACAAAAGGAUCCGCCGAAUGUCCAAAAGCCGCAAGACGCGCCAGCUGCGCAUCGUCGUCGACGAGCCCGACGUGGCGCCGACGCCGAAAGCCACCGCCGACGAGUGGUGGCGCUAUAGCCUCCCGCCGCCCGGCCACCUCGGCAAACACACGAUCGACGAGCCGCGCCAGUGUCCGCUGCUGGCCACGACGACGAGUACGACUGCGACGGCAGCCACGAGCCGAAGUACGUUGGGCUACAGCGAGCACGCCGAUCAGUUUACGACGCCGCCGAGCAAGAGCCAUGCGCUGCUUUUGCCGCGCGGUACGACGCCGCUGCUCGCGGCCAAGCGCGCGCUCUUCCAGUCAGCGACAACCGCCACCAUUUCGCCGCCGACGGCCAAGCGCAGCGCCGAGGCCACCGACCUCGACGCGCGACCGCGGGCCAAGUACGCCAAGGCGUCGCACCCGUCGUGAGCUGUCUCGUAGUCGUAUAGCAUAGCACUAGAACACACACAAGUCGUCGUUGUCGUUUCC